GCCAACCAUGAAAAUAUAAGUUGAAAACAUCAAAAUUUAAUUGUAUCUGCCAAAAAUAGUAGGUAAUUAUGUCUUGAAAUACAUAAUAUAAAUUGAAUAAUAUUUCUUACAAUAAAUAAUACUCACAUAAUGCAAACUAAAUAUCAAAAUAUUACUUAUAAAAUACAUAACCUAACAUUUCUGCCGGUUCGAUUGUCGGUUGUGGUUUGUUUGUGGUUAUGUUUCUUUGGUAAUGGGCAGAAUGUAAACAAAGUUGAAUUAGAAAAUAAAACAAUACUUUUAUUAUUAUAAAAGUGUGUAAUAUAUAUGUUUCUGAACACUUGUGUAAAGAAAACAAUUUAAAAAUGGUUGAAAAUGUUUUCAUUUUGGACAAUGGUGCUUACUCUGCCAAAGUUGAAUUCUCAAAAGCAAAAAAGCCCAAAAUUGUUCCAAACUGCAUCGUGAAAGCAAAAGCCCAGAGACGCCGAUUCAUUGGUAAUCAAGUGGAUGAGUGUGGUGAUCUUUCAAGUCUCUUCUAUAUUCUGCCAUUCCAAAAGGGUUAUUUACUAAAUUGGGAAGUACAAAAGACUGUUUGGGACUACAUAUUUAGCAAAGAAUGCUGUCCUGUCAAUUUUUCUGAAACACCGUUGAUAGUAACUGAACCUUAUUUCAACUUUAACUCCAUUCAAGAAGUGAUGCAUGAAAUAUUUUUCGAAGAAUAUGAAUGUCAGUCGCUCCUGAAAAUGAAUGCUGGGGAUCUAUGCAAUUACAACUACAGGAAGAAUAACCCUCAAGCUUUGUGCUGUCUUGUGGUAGACACAGGUUACAGUUUCACUCAUAUCGCACCCUAUAUCAAGGACAAAAAGUACAAGCCUGGAAUCAGAAGAAUUGAUGUGGGUGGCAAGGUUUUGACCAAUCAUUUAAAAGAGAUCAUUUCUUACAGACAACUACAUGUUAUGGAUGAGACCUACGUUAUGAAUCAAGUCAAAGAAGACGCAUGCUACGUGUCACAAGAUUUCAUCAGAGACAUGGAAACUGCAAAGCACUCGAAGGAAAAGGCCAGAGACUACGUUCUUCCAGAUUUCACAUCAAUAAGACGCGGCUACGUUAGAGCAGCCGGCCAGCCGGAUGAGGGAGGUCAUCAAAUCCUGCACCUGAAUAACGAGCAGUUCGCGGUGCCAGAGGUGCUGCUUCGUCCGUCGGACAUCGGCAUCUCGCAGAUGGGCAUCACAGAGGCGAUCGUCAACAGUGUGGCCAGCUGCCCCGAGGAGGUGCGGCCGCAUCUCUUCAACAAUGUGCUGAUAGUGGGCGGAUGCGCCAAGUUCCCCGGAUUCCAGCAGAGGGUGCAACGGGAGCUCAGGUCGAUGACCCCGGAGGAGUUCGAUGUGCGAGUCACCAUUCCCGAAGACCCGAUCACAUACGCUUGGCAAGGUGGAACUGUUCUCAGUCAAGACCCGGAAUUCUACACAUAUUGUGUCUCCAAAGAGGAAUAUGACGAGGAAGGACAUGCAUUGUGCUUUGAAAAAUUCGAUACGAAUUGAAGUGAACUACUUACGGGAUGAUCAGCGUCAAGCUCAGUUCCGUACAUGAGGACAUUCUGGGCUCUGUCAAGAUCUGAUAUUUUUCUCGGAAACCAAGGAAUGUCGUCAAAAUCUGAGGAAUAAGCAGAAAUUUUGUUCAUGUAUUUCAUUAAACAACAUACAAUAGAAGUAAU